AUGGUCCGCCUCGUCACCCUCGGCCUGGCACUCCUCAGCGCCCUCGCCAUCACCACCGAGGCAUGCACCUACUGCCAAUGCGAGUUCUCCGACAGCAGUCACUGCUGCGUGUACUCGGACGCGAGCAUCGGCGAGUUGGAUUGUGCUUCGAUCUGCGCCAAGGCUCAUCGGACGGAUGGGGUGAGCAACUCGGACGGAACGGCCGGGACGGCCUGCAAUGCGGGGGGGAAGUAUGAGUGCAUCAGUGCCUUUACAGCACAGGGUCGGACGCCCUGUUAUACUGAGUAG